AUGCUACACCCACUUCCCGCUCGCACAUUCACAACCGCCUUUCGUCCCUCAAAGUUCGGUCUAUAUGCUGCACCCGUCAGCGCCGCUUACUUGGAGCCUGUCACCGACAGCCCCGGCGUAGUAUCGCUCCUGCUCAACAGACCAAAGGCGAAGAACGCGAUCUCUUUGCGGCUGCUCAAGGAGCUCCAGGAGUGCUUGGAUCAGGUCCGGUCUGACAAGAGCACCCGCGUGCUCGUCGUCCGCUCCUCAACCCCCGGCGCGUUCUGCGCCGGCGCGGACCUCGUCGAACGCGCGUCGAUGUCCAAGGCGCAGGUCGACCAGUUCCUGCUCGACCUCCGCCGCGCCCUCGGCACGCUCGAAGGCCUGCCCGUGCCCACCCUCGCCGCCAUCGACGGCCCCGCGCUCGGCGGCGGCCUCGAGCUCGGGCUCGCGUGCGACUUGCGCAUCGCAGGACACGCCGUGACGAAGAUCGGGCUCCCCGAGGUCAGGCUCGGGAUCAUCCCGGGCGCGGGCGGGACGCAGCGGCUCACGCGCCUCUUGGGCCUCGCGAAGGCCAAGGACCUCAUCUUCACUGCGCGGAUGCUCACCGCGCGAGAGGCGCUUGAAUACGGGGUGGUCGACUACGUCUCCGCGCCCGAGAGCACGGCGUUUGACAGGGCACUGCAGCUGGCGGAGCAGAUCGGUGCGAACGCGCCUUUGGCUCUCCGUGCGGCGAAGCAGGCGAUUUCUCGAGUGCCUGAAAUGGGAUUCGAGUCCGGCCUCGACUUCGAGAGAGCUUCGUAUGAGCCAUUGCUUCACACGAAGGACCGCCUGGAGGCACUACAGGCGUUCAGAGAGAAGCGGGCACCGUCGUUCAAGGGAGAGUAG